GCUUUUCGGGAAUGGGGAAUGGGGGAGGAAUCACCAUCACACAAACGCCCGUAUCGCCAAGGUAGCACUGUCCCCUUCAUACGACUUCAGUUCCGAGCCCCCGCGUUCCUAGCUAGCAAAACUCGGCGACUCUUUCAACUGCACGAGGAAUCCCGUCUUUCCAUGCGAAUCAAUCUUCUGCAGAGCUAAGUAACUCGAAUCUGCGCUUUGCCAAGCUAGUCUCUCCAUUUUUUUCUCGCGUUCAGGCGUAGAUAUUACCUCACAGAGACCAUAGGUUCACUGUGAAGCAAUAGCUCAUUGUGUCAUAGUAGUAUCUAAGAAUGUCUAAGCCGAGAAGCUCCGAGCAGCUCGCUAUGCUAGGCAAAGCGCAGAUUCCGGCGGGAUUAGCGGGAUCUAGCCCGUCGCCGAGUCCUGUGGAGCACAGCCUGAUUCUAAGCGAGGAGAAGCGGGAGGUUGAUGGCGACUGCGGUGGCAGCGACGAUGACGUGGAAAGCGAGGAGGAUGACGUGUACGUCGGUCAUCGGCAUAGAAAGCCGCGCCCCUCGAUUCUGUCGGGACGGCUCGGGACGUUCGCGGCGAUGGCGAUGGCCGUCGCGUUCUUCUCGGUCGUCCUGGGAUUCGCUCUCUCCAUAUUCCUCACAGCCCACCUCCACGCCUCCUGCUCAUCCGCGUUUGACGGAGGGGGGGGGCUCCCUCCCGCCCCCUCAGGCGUGCUGGGAGGGCAGCCCACAGUGAUCCUCGUGUCUCUGGAUGGGUUCCGACACGGGUAUCAUCUUAAAGCCGACACUCCCAAUCUCAACAGGUUGCUAGCAGAAGGCACAUUCGCAGAGCACGGCAUGCUGCCAGUCUUCCCCUCCCUCACCUUCCCCUCGCACUACUCCAUGGCCACCGGGCUGCUCCCUGCGUCCCACGGCAUCAUUGCCAACAAGUUCCGCAACCCAGCCAACCAUUCGGACGUGUUCACGCCUGCAACGAUUGACCCGAGAUGGUGGCUGGGGGAACCUAUCUGGGCGACUGUGAAUCGACAGGGCCUGCGUGCAGCGACAGUGUUUUGGCCAGGCGCUGAUGUGUCGCGAGCUGAUUGGUCCUGCCCGUCUGACUACUGCCUGCAAUACAACGAGUCCAUGCCGUUUGAACAGAGAGUGGAUCAAGUUUUAGCCUGGCUGGACCUCCCCUCUCCUCUCCGCCCCUCCUUCCUCUCGCUCUACUUUGAGGAGCCGGACGAGAGUGGGCACAAGGGAGGGCCGGAUACGCCCUUGGUUUCUGCUGCUGUGAAGCAAGUCGACAGCAUGAUUGGGCGGCUGCUAGGCGGUCUGGAUGCCAGGAACAUGACCAACGACGUGAAUCUCAUCGUUGUCAGCGACCACGGCAUGCUCGCCACGUGCAAGUCGCGAGUCAUCUCCUUGGAGCAGUUCGAACCGCACGUCCCCGGCCUCUCGCCCGCAUGGAUCGACUUCAGCUACCCGCUUCUCGGCAUCUUCCUCCCAGAAACAGACGCGCAACGCCGCCCAGGAACAGCCGAGCGAGUCACGCAAGACCCCCUCGCAUCGGAGAAACUAGAGCGCGAUGCAGCGGCGGCGGUGGUGGCGGGAAUGCGGCGGGCGAUUGAAGACGGGCAGAUUGCAAAUGGUGAUGCGCUGUCGAUAUAUUUGAGGGAGGAUUUUCCUGCCCAGUUUGAGUUCUCGGGCAGCGACAGAAUACCGCCCAUCUUGGCACUAGCAGCGGAGGGCUAUUCGGUGGUAUACCACCACUCGUCAGCGUGGGAUGGGGGCAUGCACGGCUACGACAACACCCUGGCCUCCAUGCGAUCUGUCUUCAUGGCCCGAGGGCCCCGAUUCGCUGCGCACAGGAGAGUGCCCACCUUUCGGAAUACAGAGCUCCACAAUGUGAUAUCCAGCAUCUUAAAGAUCGAGCCUGCUCCCAACAAUGGCUCCUCGUCUUUCCCAGACACAAUACUAGUCUGAAACUACACUGCCUCGUCGUGUUCAACCAGUGUGGCAUGCUUUUUUUUGCAAUAGUCGCUUGGUAUUUUUUGUUAUUUAAGCGUUUGAUAACCUACGUUUGGUUACCCUAUGGGCAAGGACGCCUAAAAAAUUCAAGCUGCUUGUCAAAAGCUAAAUUGUGCAGGCCAGAACUAGCUACUUGUACAUUUAUGUCGCCCACCCAUCUACCCGUCUGUUAGAGUGUGUUCCUAGGAGCUGUUAUCAGAACAGAACCUAUUUUCAGAC